UGGUGAACUAUGUGCCUGUCGGGACACGCCCCUGCUGACUGCUCCUGUGGCUCCUCCCACAGGCCCCUGUAUAAAGGAGACCUGCGGCCUGAAGAUCGGCCUCAGUCUCCAGGACCUUGUAUGAUAGACACUCACUCCUGGUUCCUUCUUCCAGUCAAUAAAAGCCGAUAUCUCGCCUACGUCUCAGUGUGAGUUAUUGAUGGUGCAUCAAUUUUAUUGACUGGAAGUUUUAAAACAUGGAACCCGUUUUGCGUCCGGACCGGUUGGAUUUGGACCCUCAAGACCCUGACGCAGCUCUCACUUUUGAACACUGGCUUGCAUGCUUCCAAUCGUACUUGGCGGAGCUUCGUGCGACUGAACCCGCCGUUAUGCACAGAAUCCUACUCUCGAGGGUCUCCUCCAAAGUUUACUCCUUUAUCCGGGACCUGCCGACCUACGAAGGGGCACUGGACGCCCUCAAACGACAGUACCUGCGGCCGGUGAACACCGUCUACGCAAGACAUCGCUUAGCUACCCGGCAACAGCGGCCUGGCGAAUCGUGCGCUGAGUUUCUCCGAGCACUACAGACACUCGUCCGAGCUUGUGACUGCAAGACGCUCACGGCAGAACAGCAUGCGGAGCUGCUGGUGCGAGACGCCUUUGUGACGGGACUGAGGUCAGUGUACAUGCGCCAGCGGCUGCUGGAGAACUCGGAUCUUACCUUAAGCUCGGCGAUAGAGAAGGCCAACGCUCUAGAAGCUGCGCGGCAUAACGCCGACGCUGUCCAGUCGCGCGAUUCCCCGCCGGUUUCGUGGACGCCUCAGACCCCGCCACCGCCGGCUCCCGGGAGCGAAUUCGCCAACGCCGCCGCCAGUCGCGAUUCCACGAGCUCCCCGACCCAGACCACGGCUGUGGCCCGUAAGCAACUCGUGCUUUGUUAUUUCUGUGGCCAAAAGAAACAUCCUCGACAACGCUGUCCAGCGCGAGAAGCGACCUGCUCCAGCUGCGGAAAGCGGGGCCACUUCGCCAAGGUCUGUAAGUCUCAACCUCGAGCGGAGUGCAGCGCUGCGGGUGAAACGUGGGGGCCGCCAUCUUGUAUGCCGGGAUGUGGGCGGCCAUCUUUGUCGACGUCAGCACGCCCCGCCCCCGAUCCUCGGAUGCUGACCGGGUACCCCGGAGAGCCGAGCACAAGCCCUUGGAGGGCCCAGGUGGUUGUUGUUCGGACUGGGCAGAAAAAUAGGAUGGUGGUGGACUAUAGUCAAACCAUCAAUAGGUUUACGCAGCUUGACGCAUACCCCCUACCCCGCAUCGCGGAUAUGGUCAACCAGAUUGCUCAGUAUAAGGUGUACUCGACAAUAGAUCUGAAAUCCGCUUAUCACCAGCUCCCCAUCUGCCCAGAGGACCGCCCCUACACCGCCUUCGAGGCGGGCGGCCGGCUCUAUCACUUCCUGCGCGUCCCUUUCGGUGUCACGAAUGGUGUCUCUGUCUUCCAGAGGGAAAUGGACCGGAUGGUGGACCAGUACCAACUGCAGGCCACAUUUCCCUAUCUGGAUAACAUCACCAUCUGUGGUCAUGACAGGCCAGAUCACGACGCCAACCUCCAACGGUUUCUCCAAGUGGCCGCAGCUCUGAACCUUACUUAUAACAGGGACAAGUGUGUUUUUGGUACCACCCGCCUUGCUAUACUUGGGUAUGUCGUGGAAAACGGGGUUAUUGGGCCUGAUCCCGAACGUAUGCGCCCCCUGUUAGAGCUCCCUCUUCCCACCACUCUCAAGGCCCUCAGACGGUGCCUGGGGUUUUUUUCCUAUUACGCCCAAUGGGUCCCCCAUUACGCAGACAAGGCUCGCCCCCUGGUCAAGUCUACCUCGUUUCCCCUCUCUGCUGAGGCCUGCGCGGCCUUCAACUGCAUUAAAGCGGACAUUGCCAAAGCUACGAUGCAUGCAGUGGACGAGACCGCUCCCUUCCAAGUGGAGUGUGAUGCCUCCGAUUUCGCUCUGGCUGCUACCCUUAAUCAGGAAGGCAGACCAGUAGCAUUCUUUUCUCGCACCCUCCAAGGCUCUGAAAUUCGGCACUCCGCGGUGGAGAAAGAAGCCCAGGCCAUAGUGGAGGCUGUUAGGCACUGGAGGCACUAUCUUGCUGGCAAAAGAUUCACUGUGCUGACCGACCAGCGCUCGGUUGCGUUCCUGUUCAGCAACCAACAGCGGGGCAAGAUCAAAAAUGAUAAGCUUUUGCGGUGGAGGAUAGAACUCUCCACCUACACCUAUGAUAUCCUGUACCGGCCUGGCAGACUCAAUGAGCCCCCUGAUGCCCUAUCCCGGGGAACAUGUGCUAGCACACAGCUCGACCAGCUGUACGCCCUUCAUGCACAACUUUGCCAUCCGGGGGUCACCCGAUUUUACCAUUUUGUGAAAGCUCGGAACCUGCCGUACUCCCUGGAGGACAUCAGGACGAUGACCAGGGACUGCCAAAUUUGUGCCGAGUGCAAACCGCACUUCUACUGUCCUGACACGGCACAACUUGUCAAGGCCACCCGCCCUUUUGAACGCCUGAGUGUUGACUUUAAGGGCCCCCUUCCCUCCACUGACCGCAAUGUCUAUUUUCUCAGUGUUAUUGACGAGUUCUCACGGAUCCCCUUUGCCAUCCCCUGCCCCGACACCACUGCCACGUCCGUCAUAAAAGCCCUGCGCCAGCUCUUCACUCUGUUCGGGUAUCCCUGCUAUAUCCACAGUGAUAGAGGGUCCUCCUUUAUGAGUGAGGAGCUGCGCCAGUACUUGCUAGCUAGGGGCAUUGCUACCAGUCGGACCACGAGUUAUAAUCCCCGGGGUAAUGGCCAGGUAGAGCGGGAGAAUGCCACAGUGUGGAAGGCCACACUUUUAGCCCUCAAGUCCAAAGGGUUGCCGGUCUCUCGAUGGCAGGAGGUCCUCCCUGAGGCACUGCACUCUAUCCGCUCUCUGUUAUGUACGUCCACCAAUGCCACCCCUCACGAACGCCUAUUCUCUUUUCCCAGGAAGUCUGUCACUGGGACCACCCUACCAGUUUGGCUGACGUCCCCGGGGCCAGUGCUGCUCCGGAAACAUGUGAGGAGCAAUAAAUACUCCCCACUGGUGGAGAGGGUUCACCUUCUCCAUGCGAACCCCCAGUAUGCUUACGUGGUCUUACCUGAUGGGCGGGAGGACACGGUCUCCAUCCGCGACCUGGCACCCGCAGGUGCAGCAGACCACUACCCUGAAGGCUCUCCGGUAACUGUGAACCCUGCACCAGAGGUGGCACCGUACUCACCAGGCCCUACACAGACUCCUCACGACACUUGUAUACCGGGCGUUUCGUACGCAUUUAUACCAGGCGCCUCGCACAUGCAUGAGGGAUCACCGGCGCCUAGUGGGCAAGAACACGCGCAACCCCCGUCCCCUGUGCAAUCGCCAAUGUUGCCGGCACCUAUGCGGUCACAGCCGGUGCUAUGUAGAUCGCAGCGACAGAUUCGACCGCCUGAUCGGCUUGACUUGUAAGAACCUUCGCUACAUGAGGACUUUUUCAAACGAAGGGGGGGUGAAUGUGGUGAACUAUGUGCCUGUCGGGACACGCCCCUGCUGACUGCUCCUGUGGCUCCUCCCACAGGCCCCUGUAUAAAGGAGACCUGCGGCCUGAAGA